AUGCCAUCUGUUGCGACACUUGAUCGUACAGGGUCCCCCGAUAUUCAAGCACACCCAGACAAGGGCUCCAUACAGUUACCGAGGAAUGCGAGCUGUAGAUAUGAAAGAAAAUCAAUAGUGGCAGUAGCGAUGCAGGUGCACUCACACUCCUCAUGUCUAGCCUUUUACCUUGACUUUUCAAAGGAUAGAAAACUACAUUUAGCCAAAAUUCGACAUGCAAGUGAUUACUUUGCUGCGGAUUUUUCUUCGUCUCAUGAAUUCACUGUGUGCUGCACUGCACAAUAUGAGGUUAACUUAUGCGAAGUUUACAACGACUGUGGACCCAUGAAGAACUUCCAAUACACACUAGAUGAUUGUCGCCUCCCGACCGCCGCACCGUCUACAUCUGCUUUUAGAGCCACUGGAGCUACUUCUCAGGUUCCUUCCGAGACUGCAUCUUAUUGGGCUCUACUUUUGCAGUUCCACAGCGUUAUCCUAGGUAUACUGUGUAUUCCAGCACGUAUAGAACCACAGGCCCACCCAUGCCUCGAGGUAACCUUGCCCCCCACGCCACGUCUCAGAUAUUUAAAGGCCAUGAUGACCCUGGUCAGACAGAGUCAGUCCCCGCACGUGGACUGGUCAGGACAGGUCCCGUACCUACGGCUCAGGCGGUCACUUCUGCCUUACUGGGCUGACCGUGAACUUCCUCAUCCAGCUUCUAACCAGACCUUGUCUUUCUCUGGGUUCCCGCUCGACCCAUUCAUUACCAUUAUGACAUCUUCAAGCCGACUGAAUCCACAGCCUCCACCUGGCAUGCCUUUCCAUCGUCGAGCAUCCACCAGGAUUCGUUCCUCCUUCAGGGAAUCUCGACAGGCCGUCCACAGGGUAUCCAUGAGGCUGAGCCAAAGGAGAAGAAGGCCGCGUCCUGGUCCUGCUACAGAUACUGGCACUUCAGCAGAUCGACCCGAAGUGACCCACAUCACUGGACCGCCGCCCUUCGUGAACGGACCCCAGUCGCUGCGCACGCGUCCUCCCCAGCCGCCUUUCAAUCCCCAGAGCGAACCUCCACCGCCCUAUUCUGCAGAACCUUUAGGAGCCAAAGUAUUAGCCGAGCCCUCCGCUAACGGCAACCGCGCCGGGCCUUCUCGGGACUUGGCUUACAAAAACCCGACAGACGAACGCAAGACCUAUCCCCCAAUUUCACCCUCUAAUGACCUCACUCCAAGGUCAGAUAUCAGAUGGUACGCGCCGUCAGGAGGUUCUCAACAGGCUUCGAAGAAGGAGCAAAUACGUAAUCCUGCUUUCAAUCCCAAGUAUGACCCUGCGAGGCCUGCAACCUUUUCGCAACCUCAGCUGCAGGUCGCCAACCUCAACCACCACUUCCGUCCUCUUGACUCAAGAGGGCCUCCACCUCAAAAUUUGCCACACUAUGGAGGGAGACAUCCACCUGAACCACUACACCAUAGGGGCCCUCUCCACCAGGGAUACGGUUACACUAGUGGACCCCCAUCACAAGCUCCAAGAGAACCCCGACCACAAACUCCAAGAGGACCCCGACCACAAGCCCCAAGAAGACCCCUACCACUAAGUCAGAGAGGACCAGUAGCACACACUCUCAGGGGACCGCAGCCAUUAUACUUAAGGGGACAAACACACAACCCCAACUAUCCCAUAAGACCUCCGCCCCAAGGUCCCCGUUACGUGAACUCUCCAAGAACCCCUGUACCCUCAAGUCGGACUCGGGCACCCAUGCCCCCAGGAUUCGGAGGAAAUUCCCACGUUUACCUUAAUUCGGAUGCUAAUAUAGAUGAGACGAUAAUUUAAGUCUUAUAUAUUUAUCUAAAGUCUUCAGGAGGAUCCUAUUAUCUCUCCGUCGUAGUAUUAUUUCCUUCCCUGGACUGAGAUCAUGUCUCUGGCCAGGCCUGUCAUCUCGGGAACAGGGACAGGCCAUUACAUCAAAGGCCUGGGAACACAUCUGCUCACGUCGCUUCCUAGAAAGUUAUGUUGUUUCAAAUUUUGAUCUUUCUCUCACUCUUUCUUUGUUUUUGUAAUAUUUGUGAUGAUUCGGAUUAUGAGACGUCUCCUCACUUCAUCUUUUAAGUAUUUGUCGUCUUCCAUUUGAAUAUAUAUCCUCGCUUUUUUCUCUCUAUUCUUUCACUCGUUUGGUAUUUUUAAAGUCCGGAAACCUCUACUCGCCGUUUUUCUUUCACCCGCACUUACCUAUUUUGUCUCUCCUGUUUUCCUGGAUUUUGAGAUUUCUCUUCGCAUUAUUUAGGUCCGGGUGCUGAUGUUAUUUCGACCUCUUGAUUCCGCCAGUUUGAUUAUGAACAUCGGCAGCUGUAAUUGGACAGAUUUCAUUAAAAUAAAACUGUAACAUUACUAUAAUUAGAAA